UUGGUUCUUUGUCAUAGGCUAAUAAUAUUUCUUUGUGAGUGCACUGAUGCAUUGCUUUACACUCCACACUGCAGCUUUCUUUUGGUGGGAGGUAACCUGAUUCCCAAGGCAACUGUUGCCACCGCAAAACACUCAGUGAAUGCACAGGCAUGUCACGGUUUAAUCUCUAACUAGUACUAGUACAGUCAUUUUCUAUAUUUACAUUUGGAGUUGUGUAAUGAUUUACUGCUAAUAGAAUUGCAACGUUAAGUAGAAAAAUCAGUUGUACAGUAGUUGACAUUUACAUUCUGGAGAGUCUCAUCCCACAAAGACUGGACUUUUCUGGUGGGAGAACAGAGGGAAAGAGCCUGAACUACAAAAUGAAACUGCCAGCCAUUUCUUUUGCUGCCACACCGGUGUGCAUUCCUCACAACACACCUCCUGUCCGACAGAGUCCCUGCCUGGUGGUCACUCCCAUGACGUUUCCCCUCAUCUCAGAGUCUGCCCAGCUGUGGACAAGCAAUCAGAGCAUUCCAAGACUGAACCCUUUACAUCCACCAAUGGUCCAUAAGCGUACCAUUAGUCUGGAGACGCCAGCUGUUCACCACCACAACCACCAGAGGACACUAAUCAUGCAGAGGAGAGAGCAUUACAGGUAUCAUCAGGUGUGGCGAAAACCGUUUUAUGGAACCAGCAGUGAGAGAGAAGAGUACAGGAAGGAGUUGCGUGAGCAGUUGAAGAGGCAAAUAGAGGAGAAAUGUGUUGCACUGAAGCUGCAGCUGGCGAGUAAAGUGAAGGAAGCAGAGUAUGCGUGUGAAGUGGACCGCCUCGCCCUGUCCAGUGAAAGAGAGCAAAGGAUCCAACACAGCAAGGCAAUGUUAGCAUACAGAGAUGAAAACAAGAAGCUAAUGGAGCAGAGCUGGAGGGACAGAGCACUAACACGCUCCCAGGAGGCCAUGAAGGAGAGAGAGCUGCUGCGCCUCAACCCCAUCAACUGGAGUGGAACACUGAAAUAGGUUGAACACCCAGAGUCAAGCCUCGCUGAAACUCAUGGACAUGCAUGAGCGUCAGAUGAAAAUGGGAUGCAACAUGUGUAGUAUAUUUAAUUAGUGCUGUGAUAACCACUGAAGGAAUUUUAGAGAUAUUUCUAGGGUUUUCUGAAGCUCUUCAGCAUUUUGAUGUAUUUUCAUUUUUAUUGUACAAAGGUUCAUUUAUUCACAGCUGUGGAUUCAAAUUCGGUAGUGUUUCUCCCAGUCACUGACUUCCUGCGAGUCCUAUAAAUUAUGAUGCGACAAAAUAAUUCUACACAAGCUAGAAUCUUUUUCUGUUUCUGUAAAAAGCAGAG